AUGAGUAAGGCUAUCUCAAGACAACUUAAGGAAGUUGUACAUAAAGUGUACCAAUUUUUUGAAAGGCGAAAAAAUGACCGAACAUCGGCCGAAUACGCAAACGACAUUAAUUUAGCAAAAACUGUUGCUGAAGCCACAAGUUUGUCUGAAACCAGCGUUAAAAAAAUUAUAAAAGAAGCUAGAAUCAUGGAAGCACAAGGCAGCACAGCGACUUUCAAAUCACCACGGAAAAACCGUUUUCCUAAAAAAAGAAGAAGAGAAGAAAAAUUACACAAUGUGUUUCCCUACCUAUUUAAUCAAUUAUUUUUGCAUCCUACUUUUACCAAGUUUACAGGCGAAUUAAGAAAGCAAAAAAUGUUGUCUCUAAAACGGGAGCUUAUUGGUCAGCAAGCUAUGUUUACAAAAUCCAUUCAAGAUUCAGAAACAGCUACAGAAGUUAGUUAUGAAAUUUCUCGAAUGAUAGCAAAGCAAAGUCGCCCCUUCAAUGAUGGAGAUUUUGUAAAAGAAUGCAUAGAAAUUGCCGCUAAGAAAAUGUGCCCAGAAGCAACAAAAAAGUUUGAGAAAAUUCAACUGAAUCGUAUGACUAUCCAAAGACGAAUUAUGUCUUUGUCAGCACUCGACGAAUCCACUGAUAUUAGUUCCACAGCUCAACUUCACAUAUUCAUACGAGGUGUUACUCAAGAUUUUGAAGUCUUAGAAGAGUUAUUAGGAAUGUGUUCAUUGAAAGGUCAAACCAGAGGAGUUGAUAUACUUAAUGUACUUUUGGAUGAGUGUUCAAAAACUAAUUUGGACUUAUCAAAAUUAUCGGGAGUUGCGACUGAUGGUUCUCCUUCGAUGAUUGGUGUUAAUUCUGGGCUAGUUACUUUGCUGAAAAAGCAUCUGCAAGAAAAAAACAUAAACGUUGAAGAUCUCAUGCAGUUUCAUUGCAUUAUACACCAAGAAGCCCUCUGUUCUAAAAAAAUUGAAUUUCAAAAUAUCAUGAAAGUGGUAGUUUCGACUGUAAAUUUCAUAAAAUCACGAGGACUCAAUCACAGGCAAUUCAAACAAUUCCUUGAUGACAUCGAAAGCGAAUAUGGAGAUUUACUGUAUUAUACAGAAUUGACAUUACAAAUCAUUUGA